UCUCUGCAAAUCAGUAGUUCCUGGAACUAAGCAGGAUUUGGCCAGGAAGCCAGGACUCGUGUAAUUUACAUCCAUUCUACAUACAUGUAUUUACAUAGCAAAGACUCAAACCUUAUACUUGAUAUAAAACUAUUUGAAUUGAUUUCAAAGUUGACAAAUAAUUUAAGAAACAAAUAGCUGAUAAGAACAAAAUAAAAUGUUAUAAUAUAUAUUCAUAUCUUUAAAAUAAUAAACAUAUUUUUCAAAAAAAAAGCCUACCCGCAUUGUUGGCAUUGGUUUUUGGGUUGCCUGGGAAACCGUCACCAUCGAAACUAAUUUUCACCUCAUUCGGUUGACAGAUUUAAAAGGACAGGUGCUCAGGAUACGACCGGAUAAGUUACCUAAUUUUAUCGCAAUGAAAUUUAUCCCGCUCCAUACGACAAAUACUGCAAUCGUGUACAAGAACUCGCUAUGUUCCUUUGCCUCGCUUUUGGUCCUGGCCUUUAUAGCCCUUUCCGUGAUGAUACCGGUAUUGCUAGUGUCCCUGCUGAGCCCGUAUUCUGGGAUUUCUGAAUCCAGGGUGCUUUACGAACAGCCUAUUAUAGAGUUCGACUACAAGUACUUAUUCGUGGCCACCACAGAGCCAAAGGAAGAGGGAGAACCAGAAUCCAUGGUGGCCUGCAGCACUUUCAGAUACUUUAAUUCCAAAUUGGGCGACUUCACGAACAGUUGCAGUGCCACCAAAUAUUGGACUGAGGAUUUUGAUCAUGACACGGUCACGGAUCGCGUACAUUUUCACCUGGAGCUGCAAGAUGUUCCCGCCCGUCUACUGAACUUCAACCUGAUCGUUUUUUUCGAUGCCCAGCUGCAGCACAAGUGCGAUCUAUCACCCCCAUCCGUGCUGGCCCAUCAACUCCAGAUUCCUGUGGCAGCCCGCCUCACCAAUGGACACAUUAUGAUGAAGGGAGAACUGCAGCUAAAGCAGUAUGUGGAGCUGACAUGCCCGUUUCCAGGACGGAAUAUCAAGACACAGUUUCGCAAGGUGCAGAUGGACAACAACUCCUCCACGGCAGAUAUAAACCAGUACAAAUUAGAGUCCUUGCUGGGACAGGUGAAAGCCAAUCCUGCCUAUUUCCAGUUAUCUGUACAGGAGACCUACUACAAACCCACUUCACCUCAUAUCGAGCGUGGCCUCAUCAUCGAACUGGAACUAGAUGUGCUGCAAGUUCCCGCCCGUUACCACUUAAGCAUCUGGGAAAGACUGGGCCAAUUCUGGCUCUACUUUGCAUCCUUCUUCGGCAUCUCGUUCUACAUUAUGAACAAGCUAAAGGACUUUUUGUUUGGACGCCACAUUGUCCGAUCAUGGGAGAUUAUUCCCUGGAAGAAGCUCUACUGACACCAAUCGGGCGCC